CUUUCCAAAAUUUUCUUGAUCAAAUCACUAAUUGUUAAUAUGAGUGGUUUAUAUUCUUUUAUUAUUCUUAUAUUAAUUUUCUUCAUGUUGGAAGCUCCAAUAUUAAUUGAAGCUCAAUCUAAGAAGAAUAGUUUAGUUUCUGCCAUUUUUAUUUUUGGAGAUUCAACAGCUGAUCCUGGAAAUAAUAAUUAUAUAUCAACUCCUUUCAAGAGUAAUUUCUCACCUUAUGGAAAAGAUUUUCUAAACCAUGUUCCAACUGGAAGGUUUACUAAUGGAAUGCUUGCUAAUGAUUUCAUUGCUAGGUAUGUUGGUGUUAAAGAAUAUGUGCCUCCAUAUUUGGAUCAAAAUUUGAGUAUUGAAGAGCUCAAGACUGGAGUUAGUUUUGCAUCUGCUGGAACUGGAUUUGAUCCCCUUACACCAAAAAUCAGUGCUGUGAUCUCAUUAUCAAAGCAAAUAGAAUAUUUCAAGGAGUAUCAAGAGAAAAUGGAGGCAGCAAUUGGGAAAGAGCAAACACAAAAUUUGAUAAAAGAAGCAUUGUUCAUUAUUAGUGCAGGCACAAAUGACUAUGUUGUCAAUUACAACACACUUCCAAUUCGUAGUAAAAGCUACACACUCUCAACCUACACUGACUUCUUGUUACAACAUGUUCAACUCUUCCUCCAGAAAUUGGUGGAUCAAGGGGCUAGGAGAAUUGGCAUGGUAGGUCUACCACCAAUGGGUUGUUUACCAAUUGUCAUCACCCUUCACUCUGAUAAUGCAUUUUCAAAGAGAAAUUGCAUUGAGUUCUACUCUUCCAUUGCUAGAGACUACAAUUCCAAGCUUCAAAAUAAGUUAAAUGACAUGCAAAUUAAGUUUGCAAAUUUGGGUUCAAGAUUUGCUUAUUUAGAUAUCUAUGGACCAUUGAUGGACAUGAUUGUAGGCCACAAAUAUGAUUUUGAAAAGGCUAACUAUGGCUGCUGUGGAACUGGCUUAUUGGAAGGUGCAUUUUUGUGCAACCCAAGUUCAUAUGUCUGCAAAAAUGCAUCAAAGUAUGUUUUUUGGGAUUCAAUUCAUCCAACUGAGAAGACAUAUUAUCUUAUUUCUCAAACAUUUCAGCCAACUAUUGAUUCCAUCACCAAAUAGUUUUAAGUUAUAUGUAAUAUCAGUAUAAGAGAAACUUUUAUAUUAUGAGGUUAUUUUUAAUUGUUGUAGCAUGUUAUUUA